GAGGAGCUGGUGAUGCAGCUGAUACAGAAUCACAUAGUACUGACACAACUAAUGCAGUUAAGGAAAGUGGUGAUGAUCAGAAUAGAACUAAAGAAAACAGGUAACAGAUGUACUUAUGUUGAAGUUAAUAAUGAUAUGACGAGUUGUUAUACAUUAAGUAAUAGUCUCAGAUCAUCAGCGCACAGUGGUGGGUGGCUGGAGUCGCGCUGGUCGGCGCUGACGUGGGGCAGCACGGACACGGACGGCACCUCCGCCGUGUGCUUCUGCAUGGCGGUGCGCUGCGGGUACAUCAAGCAGGUGCAAGGCAUGCUGGACGAGCGGCCGGCGCUGAUCGGCAUCGUGAACUCUACCAAUGGCUUCACCCCUCUCGCCACCGCCGUCAGGAAAGGAGACAUCAACACGGUGCGGUUCCUGGUGCUGGCGGGCGCGGAGCUGGAGCAGCGCUCGGGCUCCGGGCAGACGGCGCUGCACCUCGCCGUGCUGGGCGCUCGCGUACCCAUCGCGCAGCUACUACUAGACCAGGGGGCGGACUUCCAGGCGCGUGACCUGAACGGGCUCCGCGUGGAGCACUACGCGGUGGACUCGGGCGACGUGGCCACGUUGCGCUUCAUCCUCGACCGCGGCGGAGACGUGCACGCCGAGGACAACCACGGCUGGACGCCGCUCUUCAGGGCGCUGUGCCAGAGCGCGUCGACGGAGAUGAUCGAGGAGCUGGUCUCCCGCGACAGCGCGCUGGGCAUGGCGGACCGCGCCGGCCUGCCGCUCGCCUCCGUCGCGCGCCUUCUCGUCGACGCACAGGGCCGCACCCGUGAGUCGGUGCUGCGACUGGUCGACUCGAGCUAUCCGCACGAGAAGGCGCUCGCCAACUUCACGCGCCUCACCAAGAAGAUCUACAACGUGCACUCGCUGCUCAAGCUGCCCACGCCUAAGACCUCGCAAAACGUUACCCCAUCCUAAACAACUACACUUCUUAAAAUGUACUUAUGACUGUCAAAAUCCUUUACAUUACUUUUGUUUAAAAUAACACUCGUUGUGUAAAGGUUGUAAACCGUUUUAUUCACGUGUUUU